CGCUGGAGUUCCCUUUGUUUUAACGGGGGAAAUCCAAAUUUGGUAACGGCCCCUUUAAGAGGCCGGCCGGCCCGGGAAAGGAAAGCGAGGUUACAUUGUAUCCUUUUCAAGGGGCGGAUGGAACGUUCGCAACGUUCCAUUCCAUUCACCUUUUCCCGAGCGUUCUACGCGCUCCGUGGACCGCUAUGAGCCGGGGCCGGUGGCUAGGAUCGGCCGCCUCGCUGGCCCUGGGGUUCGGCUUGGGGGCCCUCUGGUCUGGGGGGCGGCCGGACCAGUCGGGGGCAGAAGCCGCGGAGGGUCUUCUGGCCCGGCUGCCGGUGGUACCGGUGGUGGCGGCCGCCUCCUCCGACGCUUCCCUGCCCGCGGUGGCGACCGGUGUCGGGGGCGAGCUAGCCAAGUACGGCCUGCCGGGCUUCCCGCAGCUCCGCUCCCGCUCCUCCUACGUCCUCUGCUACGACCCUCGGGCCCGGAGCGCGCUCUGGGUGGUGGAGCAGCUCAACGCGGCCACGGUGAGCGGCUCCUCCGAGCGGGCCGCCUGCGACUUCCGCGAGGACGACUCGGUCCACGAGUACCACCGGGCCACCAACGCGGACUACCGGGCCAGCGGCUUCGACCGGGGCCACCUGGCCGCCGCCGCCAACCACAAGGACAGCCAGCAAGCCAUGCGGGACACGUUCUACCUGAGCAACAUCGCCCCCCAGAACCCCCACCUGAAUCAAAACGCCUGGAAUAACUUGGAGAAAUAUUGCCGCAGUUUGACCAAAUAUAACAAGAACGUCUACGUCUGCACGGGGCCACUUUUUCUUCCCAGGACGGAGACCGACGGGAAGAUGUACGUCCGGUACCAGGUCAUUGGGAAAAACCACGUGGCCGUCCCCACCCACUUCUUCAAAGUCUUGAUCUUGGAGAAGCCCGGGGGCGAGAUCGAGCUGCGCUCCUACGUCAUGCCCAACAGCCCCGUGGACGAGAAGAUCCCGCUGGAGCGUUUCUUGGUCCCCGUCGAGAGCAUCGAGCGAGCGUCCGGGCUCCUUUUCGUCCCCAACAUCCUCAAAAGGACGAGCCACUUAAAGGCCAUCACGGCCGGGAAGCAGAGCUAAGAGACGCCUCCCUCGAGACACCCCCGCCCCCGGCAGAGCCAGGCGAUGGCCCGGAUCCUCCUUCAUUUGCAACGAAGCGGAAGCUUUCGGCUCCCGCCCCCUGUUUUCAGGUUCCAAGGCUCCCCUUUGGCCUCGGGGAGCCUCGGGCUGGGGGGGGGG